UGUGGCGUUGGUGGAGGUGAAGAUGGACGGACAGUGUCGACGCGAGCUGCUUCCCCGGCGGCAGAUUCGCCUUCUGGAGGGAUACAGGAAUCAACGAGAAAUCCUUCCCGCGGGCCAUUUCAUCAUCAAUACGUGCAACGUUCCCAAUGGCUACUGGGUUAUGAGGCGGUCGGCCGCGGCGCUGCUGCUCCAGCAAAUUAAAAAAUUGUUCAACCUGCAUUUCGUGAAUAUUCUGAGCAAGAAGAUGUAUUAUCUGCGACGCCGUCGGGCUUCUUCCUUGUGGGACGGCAUAGCGGGAAGGGAGUUUGAAGACAGAUACGAGAGCUACAGCAGUUACCGCCACAAUUUACUCAAGACACCUGAAGAGUCGGACACCGAUGGUGAGCUGAAGCGGACGAAGCCGUUGGGUGUCUGUGGAAGUGGUUUGGUGGUGUCUUUGGAAGUACUGAAGGAGAUCUUUCACUCACUGGACACCGUGGACCGACAGCGCUGCCGCCGGGCUUGCUCGUUGUGGGAUGCCCUUCUCACGUCGGCGGAGCUGUGCCAGGACGUGCACAUGCAGCGGGAACUACGGAGCAGUCCCUACAAAGUGCAGUGGACGCUUAAUUACGCCAUGUACGCCUGCAUCUUCAAGCACAUUACGCCCGCCACCCGCACGCUCUCCAUCCGCGACAUGGACGAGUAUCGUCGUAACAGUUUCGACGGGGAAAGGAUCGAAGAACCACUGACCUGUAUUCAGAAGGUUCUGGACGCGGCCGGCUUGCGUCUGGGUCGUCUGAUCGUUGCCCAGUGUUCGCUGGAAUUUCCGAUGUCCGAACCGUAUGGACGAUGGCAGUUCAGCGCGCUGUUAGGCACGACCGCCGCACGCCUUUCCCAGCUUGUCUCGUGCUGUGAUCGUGUGAUAUGGACAACGUACACCCUCAAACUGGUGGACAAGGAGAGAGUGCCGUUGAUAAACAUCCACAUUCCCCGGACUGUCUUCACGGCGGGGCGCGUCAGUGAGGCGUAUGUUGCGGACCUGUUGGAGCAGCAUCUGCGCUGGGAGGGGCCGCCGCUGGAUGUGCAGGGCAUUGCCUAUUUCGUGGCCAAUCGGAUCGACAGCGCAGUGAAGGCCGAAACCGUGCUGCAGAUUUUGGAAGACUACCAGUCUUGUGAUCCGCGUGCGGCGGCACAUUAUCGGGACUUCCAAUGGAGUGUGGACAAUAUGGCUAGAGUAGACGUGAAGAAACUGAAUGGAUUCUGCCUACAGGCCUUGUCGCACUGCAUGCAGAACUGGUGCUCAGCAGCCGCGGAAUAAUAACGCAUCACGAUGAUAAAUCCAGCAACGAA